AUGGCGGUGCUGUACUUUUUCCGGGAGCCAGAGACCCUCUAUGACUGCGCCAGCUUCAUCUGCGGCCUGCAGUUCGUGAUGUGCUGCAAUGGGUUCAGUGGACGGGGCUCCGGGUUCGCUAUUACCCGCUGGAGAAGGAUCUAUUCGCUGGGCUUGGCAGGGCUGACGGUCCUCAUGCUGUUCGUCUCGCUGAGCGCACUGUUGGGGAGCGAGGAGAUCCGCAGGCGGAUGGCGGCUGCCGAUACGAUGGUGCUGAGCAUUGCGGCCCUGGAGGUGGUCAUGUCCACGCUGGUGUUUAUGGUGGCGGUGGUGUCCCUGCAGGCAGCCGCCCGCCGCCACCAGGGCAUCUAUGUGCGCCUCUCCGCGAUGGAUACGCUUCUGAUGCGGGACUUCGGGGCCAAUCUCAACUACCGGAAGCUGCUCAGGAAGAACAUUGUGGUGCUGGUGUCGGUCACCGUGCUCUACCUGGGGGCCAUCACAAGCGCCGUGAUCCAGAUGGCCAGCGGCAAGCGCACAUUGUUCCUGCUGUCCGCCUACUGCUACGUCUUCGUGACGGGCGGACCCCACUUCACCGGCUACGUGCACAUGAGUCUCGUCGAGAUGCUCUCCAUCCGCUUCCGGCUGCUGCAGAAGCUCCUCUGUCCAAGGUUCCUCGAGUGGCGAUUCCCGCAGCGGCAGCUCAGGGAGCAGCGCAUCCGACAGGCCGUGGCCAUGGUCCAGGAGCUCCAUCAGCUCAUACCGGAGAUCAAUGGGGUGUUCGCCUUCGUUCUGUGGAUGUCGAUGGCCCACGAUCUGGCCAUCAGCACCAGCGAGCUCUACAUCAUCUUCGGCAUGGGCGUGGCCAACAUGGAGGGCGGUCUCGAACACAACGAAACGGACCGGAAGCUGAAGCUGGAGCAGCACAAAGGCAGCCGCGUUCUGCUCGGCUACGUGGCCCUCUGCAUGGCCGCUCCUCUCUACAAGCUGCUCAUCGCACCCUUCUACUGCGAGCGCACGGUGCUCGAGGCCCGGCGGUGCCUGCGCCUCAUCGAGCACCUGGACAACUGGUACCCCAGCAGUCCCGCCAUGCGGCAGCUGGUUAACUCUCUAAUGAGCUGGCGUCUGCAGUCCCGCCAGCAAUUCACCAUCGGCUUGGACAUUCUCCUCAAUCGAACGGUCUUGACUCUGUUUGUCUCGAUUCUGGUCAACUAUCUGCUCAUUCUCAUCCAGUUUGCCAUGACCCAGAAGAUGGGCGAACACAUUGAGCAGCAGAAGGUGGCGCUGCAGGAUUGGAUCGGGUUCUAG